CGAUGACUGAAUGGAGUUUUGAGGUGGACUUUUGUGUCCCUUACGGAGUCGGGCUUGAUCCCAGAGCACUGGGGGUGGGGUGGGGGUGUUACUGUAAAAUGCAAGUUGGAUAAAAGGAGGACCUCUCGCCAAGGGCCCCAAUGAGUGGCACACAGUCUACUAUCACCGACAGGUUUCCCCUCAAAAAACCUAUAAGGCAUGGAAGUAUUUUGAACCGAGAGUCACCAACAGAUAAGAAGCAGAAAGUUGAGCGCAGUGCAUCACAUGAUUUUGAUCCCACAGAUAGCUCCUCCAAGAAGACAAAGUCUAGUUCAGAGGAGAGUAGAUCCGAGAUAUAUGGUCUUGUGCAACGUUGUGUGAUCAUCCAGAAAGAUGACAAUGGAUUUGGGCUGACGGUCAGUGGGGACAAUCCAGUCUUCGUGCAGUCUGUCAAAGAAGAUGGAGCAGCCAUGCGGGCUGGAGUACAGACAGGUGAUCGAAUCAUCAAGGUGAAUGGAACUCUGGUGACUCAUUCAAAUCAUUUGGAAGUGGUAAAGUUAAUCAAAUCUGGUUCCUAUGUAGCUCUCACUGUUCAGGGACGCCCACCCGGGUCGCCCCAGCUUCCACUUGCCGAUUCUGAAGUAGAGUCAUCAGUCACUGGACAUAUGUCUCCCAUCAUGACAUCCCCUCAUUCACCUGGAGCAUCUGGGAAUAUGGAGAGAAUUACUAGUCCUGUGCUCAUGGGGGAAGAAAACAAUGUGGUUCAUAACCAGAAAGUAGAAAUUCUGAGAAAAAUGUUACAGAAAGAGCAGGAACGGCUACAGUUACUGCAGGAAGAUUACAACCGCACACCUGCCCAAAGAUUGCUGAAAGAGAUCCAGGAGGCCAGGAAGCACAUUCCCCAGCUGCGAGAGCAGUUGUCCAGAGCCACGGGCUCCCCCCAGGAUGGAGCUGUAGUUACAUCCUCCAAGCCUUUAGGUGACGCACUAGCAGUUGGUGAGGUAGAAGCAGAUCCUGGUGAUGGACUAGGCCGAAUUGACUACAGCAGUGGAGAUGCUUCUCGGCCCAGUAGUGACAAUGCAGAUAGUCCCAAGAGUGGCCUGAAAGAGAGGAUUUAUCUAGAGGAAAACCCAGAGAAAAGUGAAGUAAUUCAGGACACUGAUACUCAGUCACUUAUUGGGAGCCCCUCAACCCGUACAGCACCUCAUAUUAUUGGGGCAGAGGAUGAUGAUUUUGGUACUGAACAUGAACAGAUCAAUGGGCAGUGCAGCUGUUUCCAGAGCAUCGAACUGCUAAAAUCUCGCCCUGCUCACUUGGCUGUGUUUUUACACCAUGUAGUUUCACAGUUUGAUCCUGCAACACUGCUCUGUUACCUCUACUCAGACCUGUACAAACAGACCAAUUCUAAGGAGACUCGUCGCGUCUUCCUUGAGUUUCACCAGUUCUUCCUGGAUCGCUCUGCACACCUGAAAGUUUCUGUUCCUGAUGAAAUAUCAGUAGAUCUAGAAAAAAGAAGACCUGAGCUUAUCCCUGAGGAUCUACAUCGCCACUAUAUCCAAACUAUGCAAGAAAGAGUUCACCCAGAAGUUCAGAAGCACUUGGAAGAUUUUCGGCAGAAACGUAGCAUGGGGCUGACCUUGGCCGAAAGUGAACUGACUAAACUUGAUGCAGAGCGAGACAAGGACCGGGUAACUCUGGAGAGGGAGCGGGCCUGUGCGGAGCAGAUCGUCGCCAAAGUCGAAGAAGUGCUGAUGACUACUCAGGCUGUGGAAGAAGAUAAGAGUUCCACAAUGCAGUAUGUUAUUCUUAUGUACAUGAAGCAUUUGGGAGUAAAAGUGAAAGAACCUCGAAAUUUGGAACAUAAGCGGGGUCGGAUUGGAUUCCUUCCAAAAAUUAAGCAAAGUAUGAAGAAAGAUAGGGAAGGAGAAGAAAAAGGGAAGCGAAGAGGAUUCCCCAGCAUCCUGGGACCUCCGAGGAGACCGAGCCGGCAUGACAACAGUGCAAUUGGCAGAGCCAUGGAACUUCAGAAGCAGCGCCACCCCAAGCACUUAUCUGCACCCUCAUCUGUGAGUCCUGAGCCUCAGGACUCUAAGUUACGCCAGAGCGGGUUGGCAAGUGAAGGAGCAGAUACUGGAUACCUGCCGGCCAAUUCCACGUCCUCUAUGGCUUCAGUGGCCACUCUUUCCCAGGAAGGUGGGAAAGAGAAUGAUAUGGGAUCAAAGCAAGUUGGAGAAACGCCAACAUCUGGAGACUCCUUAGAUAGCACACCUCGUACUCCCAAUACCAUCUUUGAUUUCCCACCGCCUCCAUUGGACCAAGUGCAGGAGGAGGAAUGGGAAGUAGAAAGGGUGACUGAACAUGGGACACCAAAGCCCUUUCGAAAGUUUGAUAGCAUUGCUUUUGCAGAAAGUCAAAGUGAGGAUGAACAGUUUGAAAAUGAUUUAGAGACAGAUCCACCCAACUGGCAACAGCUCGUUAGUCGUGAAGUGUUACUGGGACUAAAGCCUUGUGAGAUCAAAAGGCAGGAAGUGAUUAAUGAAUUGUUCUACACUGAAAGAGCUCAUGUUCGAACACUGAAGGUUCUUGAUCAAGUGUUUUAUCAGCGAGUGUCCAGAGAAGGAAUUCUGUCACCUUCUGAGCUACGGAAAAUUUUUUCAAACUUGGAAGAUAUCCUUCAACUUCACAUUGGGCUGAAUGAACAAAUGAAGGCUAUUCGAAAGAGGAAUGAGACCUCAGUUAUUGAUCAGAUUGGGGAAGAUUUGCUGACCUGGUUCAGUGGACCAGGGGAAGAGAAGUUGAAACAUGCUGCUGCUACCUUUUGCAGUAACCAGCCUUUCGCCCUGGAAAUGAUCAAGUCUCGUCAGAAAAAGGAUUCUCGAUUCCAGACUUUUGUGCAAGAUGCUGAGAGUAAUCCACUGUGUCGUCGCCUACAGCUGAAGGAUAUCAUUCCCACCCAAAUGCAGAGGCUCACUAAGUACCCUCUUCUACUGGAUAAUAUUGCCAAAUACACAGAAUGGUCAAUGGAAAGGGAGAAGGUGAAGAAAGCUGCAGAUCACUGUCGUCAGAUCUUAAAUUAUGUAAAUCAGGCUGUCAAGGAGGCAGAAAACAAGCAGCGCCUAGAAGAUUAUCAGCGUCGCCUUGAUACCUCCAAUCUGAAGCUGUCAGAAUACCCAAAUGUUGAAGAGCUCAGGAAUUUGGAUUUAACAAAAAGGAAGAUGAUUCAUGAAGGGCCAUUGGUUUGGAAGGUGAAUAGAGAUAAAACUAUUGAUCUAUACACAUUGCUGCUGGAAGACAUUCUCGUAUUGUUACAAAAGCAGGAUGACAGACUGGUGUUAAGGUGUCACAGUAAGAUUCUGGCAUCUACAGCUGACAGCAAACACACAUUUAGCCCUGUCAUUAAAUUGAAUACAGUGUUGGUUCGACAAGUGGCAACAGAUAACAAAGCUUUAUUCGUCAUCUCCAUGUCGGACAAUGGAGCCCAAAUUUAUGAACUGGUGGCACAGACAGUUUCUGAAAAGACCGUCUGGCAGGACCUGAUCUGCCGGAUGGCCGCCUCGGUGAAGGAGCAAUCCACGAAGCCGAUUCCGUUACCGCCGUCCCCACCUUGCGAAGGAGACAAUGAUGAAGAAGAGCCUCCAAAAUUAAAAGUGGAACAUCAUGGCAUUUCAGUUACUGGUCUGCAGAACCCAGACAGAGGUUUGGGAUUAGAGGCUCCUUCAAUACCAUCAAAGCCUCAGCCGCGCUCACUGGGCGCCUCUGGGGAGUCGGAGCUCGAUGAUCUCUCUGCAGCCGAGAGACAGUUUGCAAAGGAGCAGCAUGCAGACGGGACUCUAAGGGAAGCGGCAGUGAGUUACCAGAUCGCCGUCCCAGAUCCACACUUGCCUCUCUCAGAAGAACGGUGGGCAUUGGAUGCACUAAGGAACUUGGGUUUGUUGAAGCAGUUGCUGGUACGACAUCUGGGUUUGACUGAGAAGAGCACCCAGGGAGACUGGCCAUACUCCCCAAGAUACAGGACAGCCUCUCCGGGGGUGCAGGCAGACAGUGGGACCCAGAACUCUGAGAAUGUUAAAGCCUGUCAUCCUGGUGAAGGGCAGAUGCCCUGUAGAACUGGAACUGGGGACAUUUCAACUUGUUACAGUCCACGGACUUCAACUGAAUCUUCUGCUCCACGGGAUUCAGUAGGACUGGCAUUCCAAGAGAGCCAGGCAAGUACUGUUUUAGUGAUGGACCACAUGAGUGUGACCCCGGAGAUGCCUCCUGCAGAGCCGGAAGGGGGUCUUGAUGAGAGUGGAGAGCACUUUUUUGAUGCCCGUGAAGCACAUAGUGAUGAUAAUCCAUCAGAAGGCGAUGGAGCAGUUAAAAAGGAAGAGAAAGAUUUGCGCAUCUCAGGAAACUAUCUGAUCCUUGAUGGCUAUGACGCCGUGCAGGAGAGCUCCACAGAUGAGGAGGUUGCUGCCUCGCUGCCCCCGCAGCCCAUGACAGGCAUCCCCUCGGCAGACUCUGCCCACCAGCAGCCACAUUCUCCCCAGAAUGCUCACUCUGAUGGGGCAGUUUCACCGUUCGCCCCAGAAUUCCUGGUCCAGCAGCGCUGGGGAGCUCUGGAGGAUUCCUGUUUUGAGAUCCAGAGUCCCUCCUGUGCAGAUUCACAAAGCCAGAUCAUGGAGUUCAUUCGUAAGAUUGAGGCUGACCUUGAACACUUAAAGAAGGUGGAAGAAAGCUACACCAUUCUUUGCCAAAGGCUGGCUGGGUCCGCCCCCACAGACAAACACUCAGAUAAAAGUUAAGAGCUGCAUGUCCUGGAGGGGGACUGAAGGUUGCUGGAUUUUGAGCGUCGGCCACUGUAUCACCACAUCCUGGCUCCAGUGUGGACACAGAGAGAAUGCGUGACAGAGGACCUGCCCGUGAGCCCUCUGGGGUCAGCCAUGCCCCAGGGUGCCCAGAACGGGACUAGUUCUUCACAGUCUGGCAGCUGACUGAUCUGUCAGGGAGAGAACACCAUUCUCUCGCUCUGCUCUCCUCACUAUUAGAAAUUCAUUUUUGAUUCAGAACAAAAACCAAAUGUAUAGAGCUUUGGGUGUAGGAUAUGAAAUUUUACUUAGACUUAAGAAAAAGAGAAAAUCAAAUGUAUUUAUUUGACUUCAUUCCGUAUUUGAAAGCACAUUUAAAUUUUUAUUUUGCCAUGUUUUGUUUGAAUUGAGUAGCGAGAGUUUUAGCGCUUUGUAUUUCGUACGCACCCAAGGAUCAGUCGCUCCUGAAGCACAGAGGUCAGGAAGGGCUGUUAGGAGGUUGGGUAGAGGAGGACGAGGAGCAUCUAGCUUUCCCCGAACUAUUCCAGGCCCUCUGCCGUCUGGCGGGCUGCUUCUUUGAGGGUCACCUCGAAGACAUAGUGUGCCUAUGGCUCCUGUGCGCUGUGUGCUGCCCAGGUGGGCAGAGGUCAGGUGGGCUUCCUCCUGCCUGAAGCCAGCACCUCCUCUGUGUUGCUGGGAUCAACCCCCAAUUAACAGAAAUCCUCAGUGUACUAAAUAACAGGCACUUGAAAAUGGGUGUGUAUUCUUCUAUUGUUUUCUUUUCUAUUGAGGGUUGGGAUUUGGGAGGGAGAGGAAAGCAAAUUUUAUUUUCUUGACUAUAAAUUUGUUAUUCAUGGUAUUGCUUCAUUUUUGUAAUUAUACAUUAGACUUCAGCACUUGUGUAAAAUUAUCCCUGCAGAUUGAGCAGGACGUAAAAGCAAACAAGUGGAGAUGCUGCGACGACGGUGGCAGGGGUGGGGGAUGCUAAGGAAGGGGGGGAUGGGGGCGGGUAAAACAGUUUGUUUUGGGCAGGUUAUCUAACUGAAUCACUACUGAGUUGAACAAUGGCUGUCAUUAGCCACGGGUACUGCUGAUUAUAAGGCCAGUAAAGUUUUAGUACCUGGAGGUUUGACUCUAAUUUUUGCACUGAUGGUGCCAAAGGGCUCUUUGAGUUAAAAGGGGAGCCAAGGGUGGAGUGGGGAGCGCCGUGGUGGGGCAGGCGGAGCUGCGCCCAGCUGCAGAAGCACUUCCGGCUCCACUGCUGGGGCUCUUUCCGCACUGGUGCAUGACUGACCUUAAAAAUUGCAGACCAGAACGUACACUGGAUACUGCGGGCAAGGUGUUGGUAACCGCCUGCUCUAGGAUGAAUAAUAGUAUUGGCAGCACCCUACACAACAUGUUUCAGAAUUAUAACAUUGUAAAAACUUGAGAACUCCAUCAGUUGCAAUUGGCUUUCUCUGGUUUUCUUUGUGCAUCAGGUGUAUAUGUUUUGGAGUAUCUUUGCCAACUAAAACUAAAUCAUUUGUCAAAUCUUAAAAUUCUGUUAAUAUGCAAGGAGUUCAUCCACUGCUGGUAUCUUUCUGUAGUGCCCCCUGAACCCUAUGGGUGGUCAGGAUGUAAUUUUAUUCUUCCCUACAGUCCAAAAUACUGGACUUCCUUUUUUUUUUGUUCCCUCAUCACAAGGGGUCAGGAUUCCCAGCUACUUUUAUAAACACCACUACAACUUAACAAGCUCAUCUGUGUCCAGAUUCUUGUUUCUGUCUUUUCAAAACUGAUCUAUGUUUUUCAGUAGACCAACUUGGAUUGCUCGACCUUAUCUAUAAAUUAGAAUUAUAUUUUGAGUCAUAGACCAAGUAUAAAUUAAAUCAGAAUGGGAUUAAAAAUUUUAGAAGCAGAAGCUAAUAUAUAAGUGAGCUUGGAACUUGAACUUUCUAUUAUCUCUUAAGGGAAGCAAAUAGAAACCAAAUGGUGACAUUGUGCUGCUGGAAAUAAUGUGGUCACUCCCAACUAAAGGGUUACACACUGGUAACCUCUCCAUACUAGUACCGUCAGCAGGCAGUUAAUCAGGAGAAAGGUAAAUACAAAGAGAACUUUCGUCUGAACUUUAGACAGUACAGGGUAAUUGCAUAAUUCUCUAGCACUCAUUUAAGAAGUUCUGUAGCUUGGUUUUGAUUUCUCUUAUAGCUCAGCCAGUAUCUUGUCCUUAGCAAUUAAUUUGCUUGUCUUUUCCUGCAGUUUAACCUCUCCUUGGAACAAAACAGGGCUAACUGGAAAAACGCUUUGACCAUAGGUCUAGUACUUAAAAAUACAUUCAUAUCUAGAUUUUCAAACAAAUCCCUAAAAUAAAGUCUCACUGAAAAGAUCCCACAACUUUGAGUGUUCCUUUUAUCUUAACUGCUUAACUUCUUCCCUCCUUCCCAACUUGGCUUCCCACACCUUCCGUUUUUAUUUUGGCCAUUAAAAUUCCUUCCAUUUGUUACUAAAUCUGCCUUUCAGGAUGAUAGAAUUAGGUAUUCAUCCUGUCUUUGAGUGAGACUGGUUACCACCGAAGCUGUUUUCUCAAAAUUAUGUGUCCAGAAGUUGGCAUCUUCCAAGCACGGCAGUUAGAGCCGCCGCCUUCCCAGAGCAGGAGACCUGGGUGCUAGGUACUGAAGCCGACUGCCGUGGCCCUGCACUCUCUCCAGUGGGCCUAAAGGCUCCUUUGCUGUUACGUGGCCGAUUACAUUUGGAGCAUCUUCUUCCUUUUGAGAGAACAUAGGUAAGGUAAAUCAGCAAGCCCCCGAAGUGCUGUAAUUUAAAACCAUGAUUACAGCUCUAGAAGCCGUAUAUUUUGCAUACUUUAAAAUCAGCUAACUUGGACUGCUUGAGUUAUCUUGGCUUUUAGACCUUAAACUGUAACUAUCGAUUAUAUAAUACUGCAUGGAAGGUAUAUUUCAUAAGCUUUUUUGGCUUCUGUAUCCUAAAACACAAAAGGUGAGUCCCUUUAAAAAAGGUUUUUUAUUUGUUUUUGGAGGUGGGGGAGGAAGCUAAUGUGAUAGGAGAGGAGAGAAACCCAAUUUUUCUUCCUUUUAGAAGCUAAAGAAAAUUGUUUUGCUUCCUGUAAAUUGUCUUUUAGUUGCAUACUUUUUUUUCCUUUUUGAUGGUGAAUUUGAUGUAUUGCUUGGAGCUUCUAGAUUCCAAACUGGAAACUGUCUUCUCUGAAGGUGGCAGAGGAUGUUAUUUUGAGCUGCUAGAACUUUGAUAUUUCCUCCCCUACGUAUCACAGCACCGCUGAGACCUGUGUGUAGAGGACCUCAAGAUAGAAAAUUAGCAGGACCUGCCCAGUUACCUUUCCGCCGGCUAGUUUUUUUUUUUCCGAAUAUUACAAUUUUUGUUUUGUAAGUCAUGUUUUGUCUGACCUUUCCACCCCUUUUCAAAGUGAUCUGCAAAAUUGUUCUUUCCUCAAGAAGAGUUCCUUUUGCCUCAUUCCUUAUUCCUUCCCCACUGGUACUGAUGGUUUUGACAAUAAAUUGGUAGGAAAAAAAGUACCUCCUAGAAGGAAGCCCUGUUCACCAUUUCCAGGUGCCAAUGGCUAAGCAGAUGUACUGCAGAAAUAACUGUAAUGUGCACACUGUUGGUUAUUUUUAAUAAGCCUCUUCCUACUAGAACAUUUUAUUUUCCUUGUUCACCAUACAAUCAUGUACUCUAUAACAGAAAUUGCUUUUAAAGAAAUCUGGAACUAUCUUUAAAAAAACUUUAUUAAUAAUCAUGUAUUUUUACUGAUCACAUUUUGAAAUGCCUAAAAGACUUUAUUGUUCUAAUUAUCCAGAUGUACCUUUGUAAAAUAGCUCUUCUAUGAAUUAGCUGAUAAGGCUGUAUGUUUCUGGAACAAAAUAUUGGUCAUCUAAAAACUUUCUGUUUUCUGGGGUCUGGGAAAAUAGAAAAUGAGAGUUCAAAUAUUAAAUAUGCUUAAAGGAA